AUGGACGAAAUUCUCAAGAACAUUUUCCCUGCUGCAAUUGAAGCUGCAAAACAACAACAUCAAGAACAUCAACAGGAAGAACAACAAUCCAACAACAACAACAACAUUGACGAUGUUUGGACGGACAUCGUCGCUGAUGGUGGUGCAAACCAUCUUCAUCAUCAACAACAUUAUCAUCAUCCUUCUUCUGAUGAAGGUUUUUCUGCUUGCGGUGCCGGUGGUGGUGAUGAAGUUACUCUUGAAGAUUUCUUGGUGAAAGCUGGUGCUGUUCCUUACCCUCAUCAUCAAUAUCCUUCUUCUUCUUCUGCCGUUGAUGACGGUUCGCAUUCUCUACAAGUUGCUUUGGGAAAACGAAAGACUGUUGAUGAAACGCUUGAUAAAGCUGCUCUUCAGAAACAGAAAAGAAUGAUCAAGAAUCGUGAGUCUGCUGCUAGGUCAAGAGAACGCAAACAGGCUUAUACUACUGAGCUUGAGAGCCUGGUUAAGCAUUUGGAGAUAGAGAAUAAGCAGUUAGAAGAAGAACAGGCUGAGAGGAAAAAGCUGAGGUUCAAACAACUCCAAGAGUUCCUCAUUCCAAUUACGGAGCAGCCAAGACCAAAACGGAAACUGCGGAGAUCAAAUUCAUCUUAAACAUCGUGAUUUGUUUGUCUGUGAUUGACAGACGGUAGGAUUUUCAGCUAGCUAGGUGUAGAUAUGAGGAAACAGGAUUAGAAUUUUCUUUGUAGGUUACACAUGCUGCUGGUUCUCGGAGUUACAUUGUAUAAAUAGUACCAGCAGUCAAAUAAUAUGGGUGGCUUUAAGGGUCUUA